GGUAUAUAUUUCUCUCUCUGUCCUCCCGCUUCCUCUUUCUUUCACGCGACCCUACGGUACUCGGUAAGGGAUUUUCACUCUUAUUUUCCGAAGACUCGUAACUUGUUUUCAGCACUAUUACACACGCUACAGUUUUAAACCUAAAUAAUAAAACACAAGUUUAACCUAUAUUUACAUCGAGGGGUCUGUUAUAGAGCGGUGUUGUGUUUUUAACGUUAGCGCGGCCUGUCAUGAUAUCGCUAGCUUGCCGUUAGCCGGCUAACGUUAGCUAACCACCACAUGUCAUACUGGACGGUACCAUAAAGAGUAGCGUAUGUCUGAAAAAUGGUCUUAACUUAAAUUUUCCCCGUGUAGGUACUACCUUGUCUUUAAACCAGCUGUCAGGCGAUCCUUGGAAGCACUGCAAAGAUGCCCAGGGAAGACAGGGCCACGUGGAAGUCCAACUACUUCCUGAAGAUCAUCGUAAGUACGGCACGAUCCCCCCCAAAUAACAUUGACAAAUAAACCGAUUCAGAUUGUUACCACUGUGUUAGGCUGUCAGUUUGUUCUAAUUGUUUUAUUUAUUGCACUUUGUUUUUGUAGCAACUCCUGGAUGACUAUCCAAAAUGCUUCAUCGUGGGGGCAGACAACGUGGGCUCCAAACAGAUGCAGACCAUCCGUCUGUCUCUGCGAGAGAAGGCUGUUGUGCUGAUGGGUAAAAACACCAUGAUGCGCAAAGCCAUUCGUGGUCAUCUGGAGAACAACCCAGCCUUGGAAAAGUGAGUUCACAGAUCUAUCUUCUUAAAAAUGUGUGCAGGAUUAGUUACAAUGCAGCUUGUGCGGUACUGCUUUGUCGUUCCCCCUGCAAACAACAAUCUGUUUCCAGCUAUCCCUGUCUGCCUAUUUCCUCCCGGUAACCAGGGACUCAAGGUCUCAGACAUAUCAGCCUGUUCACGCUUGGUCUAAACGUUUGCCUGAGUUGACCUGUUUUAAUGGUUGAUGCUGUGAUUUGACAGGCUCCUGCCCCACAUUAAAGGAAAUGUGGGUUUCGUCUUCACCAAAGAAGAUUUGGCUGAGGUCAGGGACAUGCUGCUGGCCAACAAGGUAAGAAUCCCAGUGAAAAUUCGUAAGCAGGAUUACAAUGUUUUGAUUUAUAGGAGCACUUGAUGGGUAGAUUCAUUUGUGCACCUCAACUCCAGAUUCUGCAACGUUCUGAAAGUUUCCUCCUGUGUCUUUAGAGCUGUAGGACAAUGAUACUAGAGAAGUUAAUUUUGUCAGGCUACCAUCAAUAAUUGGCCCAAACCUACAAAUUAAUUUAAGUAUAUUACAUGCAAAACAAACUGCACUCCAACACAAGAAAGCUGAAAGUAUAAUUCAGGGGUGUCAAAUUAACCUCAGCAAGGGUCAUAAUCUGGAUUUAGGUCUAACCUGAGGGCCAAACAGGGUCAACAUUUCACCAAAACUAUCAACUUCCUUUUCAUAAAAUAUACAAGACAAAUACAGCAAUGAUUUUUUUUUUUUUAUACAAUUUUUUUUAUUUUAUUUUUUAUUCUGUUCUUAUUUAUUGGUUCAAAAGAUAAAAGUGAAGGGCAGAAAUUUGCCAUUAAAUAGAGAAAACCUGGUAGGCUGUUAAUAUUAAACACAUACACUCGGAUAUUAAGAUGCAGGAUAAGUUACAAUGCAGCUUGUGCGGUACUGCGUUGUCGUUCCCCCUGCAAACAACAAUUUGUUUCCUCGCUAUCCCUGUCUGUCAUCUUCUCUUGACUGCCAGGGACGUAAGGUUUCAAACACAAAUCAGUCAUUUAAAAAAAUUUCAGAGUCAAUAUUGAAAUGUAAUGAGGAUUUGAUAGAGCCAUGGCAAGGGAUUAACUGAUUUUCACUAUCACAGGUACCUGCAGCUGCCCGUGCUGGAGCUAUCGCCCCUUGUGAUGUGACUGUGCCUGCCCAGAACACUGGUUUGGGUCCUGAGAAGACCUCUUUCUUCCAGGCUCUGGGUAUCACCACCAAGAUCUCCAGGGGAACCAUUGAAAUCUUGGUGAGUCUGAAAACAACCAUACUACAGUAGUUGGAAUUGAGGUUUCUGCACAAAAUGAAUUUGCAGUGAGUUUUCUGCUGAAUUGUUUCAGCCUUCAAUGAAAGCAUGAUGUUGAACCUGGGUGUAAUUUUGCCUUUCUCUCCCCCCAGAGUGAUGUCAAUCUGAUCAAGACCGGCGACAAGGUUGGUGCCAGCGAGGCCACACUCCUCAACAUGCUGAACAUCUCGCCCUUUUCCUAUGGGCUCAUCAUCCAGCAAGUGUAUGACAAUGGCAGCGUGUACAGUCCUGAGGUUCUUGACAUCACAGAGGCUUCCCUGCAUACCAGAUUCCUGGAGGUACGAUAACAGGUUUAGCAUUGAAAUUCAAAAUAAAAUUGACUUCAAUUUUUUUAUAUUUUUGCACUACAAGCACAUUAUUGGUCCACUAACUUGAAAUAUGAUUUAUUCAAGGGUGUGAGGAACAUCGCUAGCGUGUGUCUCGAGAUUGGCUACCCCACUUUGGCAUCUGUCCCCCACUCUGUCAUCAACGGCUACAAGAGAGUCCUGGCUAUUGCUGUGGAAACUGAUUACUCCUUCCCUCUCGCCGACAAGGUAAACUUAUCAAACUGAUAACUUGUCAUAUUCAAUCUGUAGGACAGGUUUCUGGGCAAACACUGCACAGCUCAACAUAAUGCAAAGAAUUUUUCAUUGUAUGUCAACUGAGUUACUGUCUCAGACAACCCUGUUGUAGAUGCAGAAUGUACCAUGAUGCCUCUCUUGGGAUGAGAAGAACUUUAUUCAUCCCUGAGGAGAAAUUCAGUACUGGUACUAUAUAUGACAUAUUUGUUGCUGGAUUAAUUUUUGUUUACAUCUUUUGCAGGUCAAGGCCUUCCUGGCAGACCCAUCUGCAUUUGCUGCAGUUGCAGCCCCUGCAGCAGCUGCUGAGACUGCAGCUGCUCCAGCUGCUGCCAAGGAGGAGGUUAAGGAAGAGUCUGAAGAAUCAGAUGACGACAUGGGCUUUGGUCUGUUCGACUAAGUUCUCUGCCGUGAACAAGUGCAUACGAGACAAAUAAGACUGACUCAAUAAAAGAAAAGUCCAUUAAGUUCGUGUGGGGGGUGUCUGUUUUUUUUCUCGCCAUUAAACAAUUGAUUGCUUUAAGUGAGACUGUAGGUCUUGAAGCCGUGGCUCAACAUGGUCAGUACAAAAUCAGGAAAUACAAUAAAACCUGAAAGGAAAUAAUGGAAUGCCAACAAAGGUCAACAUACGUGACCAAGUCUUGAAUGCAUCUUGAAUGUAGUGGUACUUUGUAAUGCCAAUCGGCCUCAAUAUGGCGGUAGACCUUUGAUAUCCACGGUAAGAGACUUGGAGUUGUAAAUGUUCAUAGGGCAAAAAUGUGUUCAUAUCCAGUAAUUUGAGUAUAUGGUGUGUACACAGUGGCCCAGUAUCCGGAUGAGUAAUGGUUUUAUAACGCUUCAGUGCUGGGUCUCAAGAUGAAACUCAUAUUGCCAACAGAAAUAGUGGUAUGCAGAAAAUUGGACUUCAUUUAAUCGGCUACUUAUCCUGAUUCAUGAGUAAACAUGCAUCGGAAGUGACAUGAAGCAUAACGUCAUUUGUGAAAUUGCAAAAACGAUUCUAAACUUCCGUUUUGGGCGUGUCAGCUUUCAAAAUAAAAGCCGAUGAGUAUUUUUCUCAGAACUUAAGGUCUGUGUGCUUUUUGCACAUCCCGUAGGCCACUGAAGAUUUUAUCCUGUGCUUUUAGAAGUUCUUUACUACAUAGAACAAAAGCCUUGCCCUUAUUUUUUUGUCACUUUCAAAGUUUUUGCCAAUAUUUUAAAAGGUAGCCUAUUUAGUGGAGUAUGAUCAAUUUUUCUGUCAUUUCCCCCCAGCAGUGAAUUUAGACAUAUAAUUUACCUUUGUAUUGUCUUGAUUAAAACACUUUGACUUUGGAGUUUAA